AGAUCCUUGCAAUAACCCACGAGCAACCAUUAAAUUAACUAUCAAUAUUACUAGAAAGCAACCAAACGAACAAAAGAAAUGCAGAGAAUGACGGUGAAUAGGAUAAGGCUUUGCUUGCAUGUUUGUCAGCACUCAACACAGUUCAUAUAAAUUCAAAAUCAUUGUUCCCCCCAUUCCGGAACAAAUGUACAAUACUGGAAAGAAAAUAAGAAAAGUCCAGUCAAACGCGGCGGAUAUAAAACUGAAAGCAUUCACGCGAUUUGUGUUUUUCUCAAACGUGACUUAGGGUUUCAAUUUCACUCCUCAAACUCAGAACCGCGUUUCACAGUGCCAAAUCCAUCUGCAUGAAUCGGAUCUCGAUCCGAUUCCCCACCUCAUUCCCAGUACCUGACAAGCAUUGCUGAUGUCAAUGGCGUCGAAGCCUCCGCCUCCGCCGGCGCCGUCUCCUCCGCCGUCGUCUUCUAAAUCAGCUCCUCCCGUCGAUCCCUCCACAAAGAAAGUGGACGACGCACGUCCUGCUGUGAACGAUGUGUUGCUGGUUAUUGAUUCUCUCAAGAAACAAGUUGCGGCUGAACGGGUUGUUUCGGUUAAGAAAAAAAUGGAAGAAAAUAGACUGAAGCUGGUUGGUGUCACGGACCAUCUCUACAAAAUGUCGAUGGAGAGAAGGACCGGCGGCAUUGCCGAUAUGAAUGGAAGUCUGGACCUGCUGUCUAAGAGGCAAAAGGGUGCAACUGAUAUGCACAAUGGCGUUAAUGCGAGUAAUGGUGACAGGGAGAGCAAUGGUUAUCAUGAAGAUGGCCACGGCUCUACAGCAGUUCUUCUAGGAUAUAAUGUUACUACAAAGAAUGCUGUUCGUCCUAUCAAGUUACCUGAAGUAAAAAGAUUACCUCCUUACACUACGUGGAUUUUUCUGGACAGAAAUCAAAGAAUGACAGAGGAUCAAUCAGUUGUAGGCCGGAGGCGAAUUUAUUAUGAUCAAAAUGGUGGAGAAGCACUCAUUUGUAGUGACAGUGAAGAGGAAAUAAUAGAUGAUGAAGAGGACAAAAGAGAAUUUGUAGAGUCAGAAGAUUUUAUACUUCGCAUGACUAUCAGAGAACUUGGUAUAUCUGAUAUAGUUCUGGAGUCACUGGCUCAGUGUUUUUCUAGAAACAGUAGUGAAAUUAAGGCAAGAUAUGAAACUCUUACUAAUGAAGGCAAUGCUGGAGGGGGUUCCAAGAAUGGAAAUGCUGAAGAGAAUUCCCAAAUUGACAGUUCUUUUGUGGAAAAGGAUCUUGAAGCAGCUCUUGACUCUUUUGACAACCUUUUUUGCCGACGAUGUCUAGUUUUUGAUUGCAGAUUACAUGGAUGUUCGCAGGACCUUGUCUUCCCAGCUGAGAAACAACCUUCAUGGAACCCUCCUGAUACUGAAAAUGCACCAUGUGGUCCAAAUUGCUUCCGAUCGGUACUCAAGUCAGAAAGAUUCGCCAAAGUUACCUCUUCUACUCAGGCUGAUGUUGAAGACAAAAGCUCUGGUGGUGGUUUAUCUAGAAAGAAGUCUUCUGCUAGAAGGCGUACAAAAUGCAGCCAAAGUGAGAGUGCUUCAUCUAAUGCAAAAAACAUAUCUGAGAGUAGUGACUCAGAGAAUGGUCCUGGACGGGAUGCUGUUUCAGCUUCUCCCUCAGCAUCAUCUAAAACUAAAUCCGUUGGGAAAAGUGGAAUUGGUAAGAGGAACAGUAAGCGAGUGGCGGAACGUGUUCUAGUUGGCAUGCAGAAGAGGCAGAAAAAGCCAGUGGCUUCUGAUUCUGAUUCCAUCAGUGAAGCAGUUGGAGGUUCAUUAAAUGAUAUGGUUACUGUCCCACAUGCUAUGAGGGGUGAAGACAGCUUGAGGAAAGAAGAGACUGUGGAUGAGAACACAUUUAAACAAGAUUUAACAGAUAAUGGAUCUUGGAAAGCUCUCGAGAAAGGGCUUUUAGAGAAAGGAAUGGAGAUUUUUGGUAGAAACAGCUGCUUACUAGCCAGGAAUCUCCUAAGUGGUCUAAAGACGUGUUGGGAUGUUUUCCAAUACAUAAAUUGUGAAGAAGGAAAGAUGUCUGGUCCUAGUGGGGAUGCUACAAAUUCUCUUGUGGAAGGCUACUCCAAGGGCAAUAAUGAAGUAAGACGAAGGUCAAGAUUUUUACGUAGAAGAGGGAGAGUCCGUCGUUUGAAGUAUACCUGGAAAUCUGCUGCUUAUCAUUCAAUCAGGAAAAGGAUUACAGAAAGAAAGGACCAGCCCUGCCGGCAGUACAAUCCAUGUGGUUGCCAAUCAGCUUGUGGAAAGCAGUGUCCUUGUCUUCUAAAUGGAACCUGCUGCGAGAAGUACUGUGGAUGCCCCAAGAGUUGCAAGAAUAGGUUUCGUGGCUGUCAUUGUGCAAAGAGUCAGUGCCGAAGUCGUCAAUGCCCAUGCUUUGCUGCAGAUAGGGAAUGCGAUCCUGAUGUUUGUAGGAAUUGUUGGGUCGGUUGUGGCGAUGGUACUCUUGGGAAUCCUAGUCAAAGAGGGGAUAAUUAUGAAUGUAGGAACAUGAAGCUUCUUCUCAAGCAGCAGCAAAGGGUUCUUCUUGGAAGGUCUGAUAUAUCUGGCUGGGGAGCCUUUUUAAAGAAUGGUGUUGGUAAGCAUGAAUACCUCGGAGAGUAUACUGGAGAAUUAAUUUCUCAUAGGGAAGCCGAUAAGCGAGGAAAGAUAUAUGACCGUGAAAACUCAUCUUUUCUCUUUAAUCUGAAUGACCAGUUUGUUCUUGAUGCUUACCGAAAGGGUGAUAAAUUGAAGUUUGCGAACCAUGCUCCUGAUCCAAAUUGCUAUGCCAAAGUUAUUAUGGUUGCUGGAGAUCAUAGAGUAGGCAUUUUCGCCAAGGAACGGAUUGGUGCUGGGGAAGAACUGUUUUAUGAUUAUCGUUAUGAGCCCGAUAGAGCUCCUGCAUGGGCUCGGAAGCCAGAGGCAUCUGGAUCCAAAAAAGAGGACGGUGCUCCUUCAAGUGGUCGUGCAAAGAAGCUUGCUUAAUUUUACUUUACUUAAAAACCAAAAUCAAUUCAUUUAGUUAUUCUUAUAGAGAAAUAGGAGAAGCAAUCUCAUUGAUAGCCGAAAAGAGCAUUGAGCUUUUUGUUUUGUUUGUAGCAAGGCCAUGCCAUUGUUGCUGCCGAGGUAAACUACCUGCAUUUGAACAAUUCAUUUCGGCAUUACCUGACUGUAUUCGCUAUUUUAGACGGAAAGUUCAAGUCUUGACUGAAAAAAAGGAUGGAAAAUAUAGGCUUUACUGAAUCAAAAUUCCAUGCAAUCCUUUCCUAAAGUGGAAUGAACAAAUGCAAAUCAAAUUGCAACA